AUGGAAUCUAGUGCCAAGGAAAACAAGGGUUUGCUUCUCCUGAAUCCAGUAGGGGACACCUCUGUUGCAACGGCAGACUCCUCUCGAUCUCAAAUCCCAGUGAAUGGAAUGGAUUCGGGAGUCGUACCUCAAACACCUGACCAGGAAUAUGUAAUGUAUGGGUCCCUAACAUUCAAUGAGGAUAAUGAUCCGUCAGGCUGGUGUUUGUUCAAUAGUGAGGCCGUAGAGUACUGCGAGCACAGUGAGGAAGUAGACUUACUUGAACGUUCCGUGUUCAAUAGUGAUGAAUACGAGAUUUGUGAUCACAGUGAGAAAGCGGAUCACAUUGAAGGUUUCGUGCUCAAUAAUGAAGAAUUCGAGAUGAUUGAUCCUGCGACGAAGGAACUAUCCCUUCUUCAAGUCACUCAACACAAUCACCUUCGUUUGGAUGAAUCUAUUACUCAUGAGCAAUUUCCUGUUACAUAA